UGUCUGUGUGUAGGUGCCAGUGUGUGUCUGUGUGAGAGGAUUGCGGUGAUGCGGCGCGGUGCUCAGACACGCACGGGGACUGGCCAAUAGGACUCCGGUGGGCGGUGCGGGAGAGAGGGGGGGUGAGGCCGGUGUGACUGAUCUGCGGGGCUGACGAGCUCGCAUUCCCGGUCAGAGCUGAGCGACGGACCGCUUCCCGGGGCACCGCGCCGUGCCGGUCCAGCAGACUCCGAGCGCCGCGCACCUCCGCCGUCUCCGACUUGCUGUUUCCUCGCCCCUCAGGCUCAUCAAUGCGAUUCUUCAGACUCACCUUCAAGUGCUUUGUCGAUUGCUUUUGAAUUAACCUCCCCCCCCCCACCACCCCACACGCCCGCAAAAUAAUACAAAAAUAAUUAUACAAAAAUAAUCAAAUACGAAAUAAAACGCGAGUGGAGUCUGCGACACAUACACAUAAACCGCCGAUUGAAACCACAACCUCUAAGGACAGGAAAGGAAAUCCGCUUGAUCACGUCUCCGGAGAUGGAAGAUCCCAGUCCGGCAGGGGGCAGUGUCGCGCUGCCCGGCGAGGAGGAGGAGCAGGCGGUGGUGACACCCCUCGUGGACCCCGCGCCGGGGGAGGGGGGCGCGGGGGGGGGCCCCGGCGGGGCGGAGCGGGAGACCUGGGCGCGGCAGAUGGACUUCAUCAUGUCCUGCGUGGGCUUCGCCGUGGGUCUGGGCAACGUGUGGCGCUUCCCGUACCUGUGCUACAAGAACGGAGGAGGCGUGUUUCUGAUCCCCUAUAUGCUGAUCGUGUUCAUCGGAGGGGUACCUGUGUUCUUCCUGGAGAUCGCCCUGGGGCAGUUCAUGAAGAAAGGAGGGGCCUCCGCCUGGAACAUCGCUCCCCUCUUCAAAGGGCUGGGCCUGGCCUCUAUGGUGAUCGUCUUUUUCUGCAACACCUACUACAUCAUGAUCCUGGUGUGGGGUCUGUAUUACCUGCUGCACUCCUUCACAGACCCCCUGCCCUGGGCCACCUGCGGCCACCCCUGGAACACCGCCAACUGCACCCAGGUCUUCCGAGGACAGGGGUCCUGUGCCAACCGCUCGGCACCGCCCGACCUCAACCUGUCCCUCCUGCUGCCCCUCCCUCCCAACUCCAGCUGCGAGGAGAUGGAGGGCCGGCGCUCUCCCAUCAUCGAGUUCUGGGAACACAAGGUGCUGCGCUUGUCAGGGGGCCUGGACGAGCCAGGCCAGAUUAAUGGCCAGAUGACACUCUGCCUGCUGGCCACCUGGGUCAUCGUCUAUUUCUGUGUGUGGAAGGGAGUGAAGUCUGCAGGCAAGGUGGUGUAUUUCACAGCUCUGUUCCCCUACCUGGUGCUGGUGGUGCUCUUGGCUCACGGCGUGACCCUGCCCGGAGCUCUGGACGGCAUCAUCUACUACCUGAGACCAGACUGGUCCAAACUGGGGGAGGCGCAGGUGUGGAUCGACGCCGGAACUCAGAUCUUCUUCUCCUACGCCAUCGGCCUGGGCGCACUGACUGCACUGGGCAGUUACAACCGCUUCCACAACAACUGCUACCAGGAUGCCUUUGUCCUGGCCCUGAUCAACAGCGGCACCAGUUUCUUCGCGGGCUUCGUGGUCUUCUCCGUGCUGGGCUUCAUGGCCGCCGAGCAGGGCGUCGACAUCUCCAGGGUGGCGGAGUCUGGUCCAGGCCUGGCGUUCAUUGCCUACCCGAAGGCAGUGACCCUGAUGCCCCUGGCACCCGUCUGGGCGGCUCUCUUCUUCUUGAUGCUGCUCAUCCUGGGGCUGGACAGCCAGUUCGUCGGAGUGGAGGGGUUCAUCACUGGGAUUCUGGACAUGCUGCCCGGAUCGCUGGCGGGGUCUGUCCGGCGUGAGGUUGUCGUGGCGAUCUGCUGCCUCACCUGCUUCGUCAUUGACCUCUCCAUGGUGACCGAGGGGGGGAUGUAUGUGUUCCAGCUGUUUGAUUACUACUCCGCCAGCGGGAUCACGCUUCUGUGGCAGGCCUUCUGGGAGUGUGUCGUGGUGGCCUGGGUCUAUGGGGCUGACCGCUUCAUGGACGACGUGGCGCGGAUGAUUGGGUAUCGCCCACUACCCUUCAUGAAGUGGUGCUGGUCCUACAUCACCCCUUGCCUGUGUGUGGGGAUCUUCCUGUUCCAUGUGGUGAACCACCGCCCCCUGUCCUACAGCUCGUCCUACGUGUACCCCUGGUGGGGCGAGGCUCUGGGCUGGGCCCUGGCUCUGUCCUCCAUGCUCUGCAUCCCGCUCAGCGUGCUCUACAAACUGCUGCACUGCAAGGGCUCCCUGAGAGAGCGCUGGCAGUACCUGACGACCCCCAUCUGGGGGCGGCACCACCUGGAGUAUCUCGCCCCCGAGUCUGAGGCCAAGCUGCUGCCUGUCCCUGGCCAGGACAAGGCCAACCUGCUCUUCGAGAGCAUCAUCUAGCCCGUGACGCACUCCAUCCACAUCCUGCGCCCUUGCCCGUGUGCCACCUUAUUGCCUGCCCUGCCACUGGCUCUCCUUCCCCGGCCUGCUCAUGGGACAGUGCAGUCAGUCAGGGUCACGGGGUCACGGAGCCAGAGUAAUUGUAUCCGCACACCUCCUUCCACAUAUCCACAAACCCCGCACACCAAAGACGAGACCACAGACGCUCUCUCACAUCGGUGUCCUCCUCUCCGCCUCUCUACACCCCCCCCCCCGUCUCUGUGCCCUGCUGCCUGCCCAGCAGUACCGGGGGGCGAUUAUCAGACACACACACUCUGUGGAUACACACACAGUGCACAGGGCCCCACCAAUUCUGGGACCGAGCCUGAUUCAGUAGUGCAGUGCUUAAUACUUUGGCAUUAACUCACCUGACACGCCCCCCCCCAGCUCGAGGAGUGAGCCAGGGAGUGCUGGAGGGAGGGGGGUACCAGCCAGUACUUAUUUACACACUGCAGAGAGGAAGCUCGAGAUAAGAAGCUGACCUCCUCCAUUUGGGGAAGAUGGCACAGGACUAGAUCACCAGACGUAUUCGUUCAGUGUGUGUUAGGACCCCUCAACAGACCCCCCCCCGUCUCUGGUCACCCACAUUCUGUCUCUCCUCGCCACCCCCCCCAUCUCUGUGCCAUUGCAUGACCCCUGUGCCGCAGUGUUGUGCAGUGACUGUGUUGCGUUGUGCCAGUGUUGUGUGGGUGUGUCUGUCGCAGGGCUGACCCCAGCUGCCCCCCCCACACACCGUCCAGUAGGGGAGCACAAGUAUAGUGAAGGUCACCCCGAAACUGACCGUCCCAACCGGCUCUCCCAAAUCACAGCAAUGGUCUCGGCCGUCGAUGGGGCUGUGAUUCGGGGUGACAUCUGCUGAGAACGGGGUGAUUCACUUGUUAUUCCAAAAACAGGCAGCCGGGUGGUCGUCUCCCGCUGCUGUGAUGUGUUGUUUUUUUCUUGGCUCCUGUCAGUUUUGUCCACUUCCCGUUCCCAGGUGGCGGGUGACCCCACUAGCAAGGGGGUGCAUAUGGGAAAGGCCAAGGGGAAAGCAGAAUCAGACACCGGGAACUGGUUCGUUUGUUCGAGAAAUAAAGCUUUUACUCCAUGAUCCCUGAUCACAGAUCAACCGUUCGACCGGUGAGAGAUCUCCAAGAGGUCCUGUGCUAUGCGUUGUGUUUGUUAAGUCAUAGCUGGGUUUAAGAGGUAAUUAAGGAGCAGCUACCAUGUCAUAUUCCUUCUUGGUCUGAGUCCUGUGGGAUUGUUCCCUGUCUGUACUGUAAGAUUCCUGGUUCUGCCUGAGUGUCCAGUCGGUCAGUCACUGUAUUCACAGCCCAGAGACAAAAGGGACACACACACACACACAGUUUCCCCACUUCCUGUCCAGACUGCAGCAGGAAAUACCUUUUAUGGUGGAGUGGUGGUUUAAUUCUGGCCUGGAUACAUUCUGUGUGGAGUUUGCAUGCUCUCCCUAUGUUCACAAAGGUGUGCUCAGGGUGCUUUAAUGACAUGCAGUCUAAGUGAACUGUUUUCUCCAAAGGGCUCAAUAUGCGUGUGGACUGCCAUAGACUGGGGCCAGUGUCCAGAAUACAGUUGGAAUAUUAUCUUUGCAUCCUGCAGAGCGCAGACUUAAAAUCCCACUGCCUGACAGCAGCGAAUUAAUUCCCCAGUGCUGCUAGAAAAGGGUACAGACGAGAGGAGUCGAGUCCACACUGCUGUGCAUUAGCUGCCCUUUGAGCCAAAGGAGUUUUUCUCCCUUCCCUUUCUUACAUAAUUCCAAACUAAUGAGCACAGCAGAGUCCCGUACCUCACUGCUUUGGAAUAUCUAAAUCCCCCCCCAGGCAGGAAUCUGGAAUCUGGAAUGGUGCCGCACUUGAAAGGAAAAGCUGAGCCGGGCACUGUAUCAUAAGUACUUUAAUUAUACCAGGCUUUGUGGAGCUGAGGUGAUCAGGUGAAAAUGAAUGAAGUGAUAUUAAAAUGUGCUGGUAUUCGACCACUGCUAACAGAAUCCCUGGUGUGGUUCAAUAAGUGCUACAAAAAAAACGAGCAGGAUUUCAGUAUAUUGUAAUAUAAGCAUCGCUAAUACGAGAUGCAAGAUGCAUCCCAGUGUUUCUUGAUUUUUUUAAUAUGGAUAUACUAAUUACUUGCCCAAGAGUGUGGUGCGUGAGGGACCUUACUGUGCCAUGGGUCUGCAAGGGCCCGGCUCGUUCUGUGUGGUUUUGAGGUGGGGGGGGGGCUGCUUCCUAGCCCAGCACUCCCUGCCCUGUGUUCGAAACCCAAGUUAACAGUGUCAGGUGAAGCUCUGGCCGUUGUCGGCUCUCUUUAGCCGAAAACCGUCCUCUGUGUUUUGGAAACAUUUCUGCGCCGAACGCAGGACUGUUGUAGAAUCCCUCUAGUCCUCCCCCUGUGUCCACCUGGACUGAUGCCCCCUUAAGCAUGCUGUCAUAGCUCUGUAAGCACAGACAGUACCGGCCUGGUCCGGGGGCUUAAACU